GUGCCUGCGUGCUCCCGAGGAUAAUAGAGUACAGUCUUCCCCCUGACUUGCGUUUGCCAUGCGUCAGCGACUGCCCACCCCCAGAUUCCUGAAGAUAAUCAGUAGACGUCGGCAAUAUAAUGAGGCAAUUCAGCAGUACAAAUAAUAAAAAAAAAGUCGGUGUUAAAUUUUAAUCACGUGUCGCAGAAGGAGCAAAUAUCAUUUCCGCUGAUAGAGACCAACCAGUGGUGUAACUAUGGAGGACAAGUCAACCUUUACUAAUGUUUACGGAAAUAAAAUUUCAUUGAAAUGUGAGAGCCAUUCUGCGCUUUGUCAAGAGUUUACAGUUACCUCUCCGAAACUGUCUCUGCACAGUGUCACUACCUGUACGUGUAUCGUGUGGGUCUUCGCCUAUGCUGUGUUUUAUUGUACGCAGAACACUGGAGUUUUGUCUGCUGCUAUAAUUCUAACUGUUGUAGGACUGAUGGUGUACUUGCACUUUAUGAAAAUAGAUGAAGAGUCCUUAUUAAUUAUUGGCUCACUUGGAAUUCAGAUGACUGCAUCCUAUGCCUCUGGCCGGGAGAGCACAACAUUUAUUGAAAUGAACCAAGUGAAAGACAUUGUCAUAAAUGAAGUUAUUCAUAUGCAACAAGUUAUCUACCAGCUCUGUUUACUUUUGAGAGAUGCAUCGGAUCCCAAUGGAGUAUCUGCAGUAGUACCAGUAUUUCAGAGCUCCAAGCCUCGACUGAACUGUUUGGUUAAAGUGUAUCGAAAUUGCCAGGACAUCCUAACUCUAAAGGACAUGUCAGAAAUCCAGGAAGGAUGCUCAAGUUGAUGGCACAUGGGAAUUGAUCAUGGAUUUCCUGAUUUAUCACUUCUGGCAUAAUCUUCUGAGCCCAGGAAGUGCUACAGCCAUUAAGAGAGUCGCAGCACAUUGUUGUGCUCUUCAGCAUAUACAAAGACAUUACGCUAAUUACAUUUGUUAAAAUACAUAAUUGUUACCCACCUUUUCUGUUGCUACACACAUUUUUGUGGACUGUCUUUGUUGGAGUGAAACUUUGAAUAGUGUGGCUUUUUGGAUCACAUAACGGAGGUGUCUACAAAGUUAUACAUUGUCAUGUACUUAUGUGACUUAACUAUGGCAUUCUUUAAUCGUUUUUUGAUUUGUUGAGUUGCAUAAUUUGAAUUGCAUUUGUACUGCAUUAAAUCCACUAUCAGAGAAGUUACUAAAACAUCCUGGUGUUGUGCAGCCUUAUACAACCAAGGUCCUUCCUGGAAACACUAUAAGAUAUACUGUAGUGUUUUGCAGAUGCUAACAGUGGUAGCAGUUAAGGGCUCUUUAUUUCUGUUCUUAUUAAUGUAUACAGAUAUUUAGGAUCUACACUCAUCCUCUGAUGGGAUACUGUUUAUAAUUCUGAGAUCAGAUAUUUAACUUGUACUUUUUCGGCUGUAGUCUUUUUGAUCAGAGCACAUUAUUGAAAUCAGAGAAGCAGAUCAAAUGUACAGUUUCAGGAAUCUGUUACAACACUGUACUUUAAAGAUAUUGUAUAGAUAUUGUAGAGGACUCAUUCUUUUUUUUUUUUGUUGUUUGUGGUUAUAACAAGUCAUUUUCAGUAUUGCCUGUUUGACCUGUUUCUUUUAAUUAGUAAUAAGUAAAGAGUAUUUGUUUUACCUGUA